AUGGCUGUGAUUCAAACAGGAACAUUCCGGAUGGUCUCUGAGGAGGAGCAGGCUCUCCGUAAUAAACUUGAGCAUCUUACCACAAAGGAUCAUGGGCCCGUGUUUGGUAAAUGUGAGACACUACCCCUCCACACACAGCAGAAGGCUAAAGAUGAACUGAAUGAGACAGAGGAGAAACGAGUGAUAUGUGUGAAAGAGCUUCAGAAACUUGUCCUUGAUUCUGCUGACACUGGAGAGGAGAUUUGCAAGACUGUGCUUGAAAAGACAAAAGACAAAGAUGAAUCCUUCUUCCUACGAUUUGUUAGAGCAAGAAAGUAUGAUGUGAAAAGGGCAUAUGAACUUGUCAAAGGUUAUGUGCGCUUUCGGGAGCAAUAUCCUGAGCUCUUUGAAAAUCUGACGCCUGAGGCUGUACGUAGCACCAUCGAGGCGGGUUACCCAGGCAUCCUCCCGAAUCGAGACAAGUACGGACGUGUCGUACUGCUCUUUAACAUUGAGAACUGGGAUUACGAGGAAAUCACUUUCGAUGAGAUCCUUCGCGCUUACUGUGUGAUCCUGGAGAAGCUUCUGGAGAAUGAGGAGACGCAGAUUAAUGGAUUUUGUAUCAUUGAAAACUUUAAGGGAUUUACAAUGCAACAAGCAUCUGGCAUCAAAGCCUCAGAGCUCAAGAAAAUGGUAGACAUGCUUCAGGACUCCUUCCCUGCCCGGUUUAAAGCUGUACAUUUCAUCCAUCAGCCUUGGUAUUUCACCACAACCUACAGCAUGGUCAAGCCUUUUUUGAAAAACAAACUUUUGGAGAGGGUUUAUGUCCAUGGUGAGGAACUGGAAGCGUUUUUCAAGGAGAUUGAUGCUGAUAUUCUCCCAGAAGACUUUGGAGGUAAUCGACCCAAAUAUGAUGGCAAAAUGGUGGCUGAGAAAAUCCUUGGUCCGAGUACUGAGUCAGAAGAUACUGCCCUUUAG